UUCUUCAAACUCGAGAAGUCGAUCGGUGAAAUAAUCGAAACGAGAGGGAAGAUGUCUUCUUGCUGCGGUGGGAAUUGUGGGUGUGGGUCUUCUUGCAAGUGUGGCAACGGCUGUGGAGGGUGCAAGAUGUACGCUGAUUUGGCUGAGGAGAGGAUCACCUCCUCCAACACCAUGAUCCUCGGUGUAGCCCCACAGAAGGGGGAGGGUGAAGGGUUCGAGCUUGGCGCCGGUGGGGCCGAGAACGGUGGGUGCAAGUGUGGGUCCAACUGCACCUGUGACCCCUGCAACUGCAAAUGAGAGGCUCUGUUUGUGUUCCAGAGGAGGAGUCGUCUUCUGUUAUCAGUUAACUAGCUAGAAUAAUUAAAGCCAUGGUUUACAAUGUCAUGUAUUAAUUAAGUACCCCCAAUAGAAAUUAAGAGGGGGGGGGUUAUGCGUGUUGAGCUCUGAUCUAUGUAAUGUUUUGUGUUGUGUUGUGUUGUGUUGGUCUUUUGGGAUGAAUUAAUGAAGGAGACUCCUUUUUAGUUU